GAAGUGCUGCAACGUCGAGUAUCUGUAUCGUGUGGUUCCGACACAGAAAUUGAGGAAACUCAACAGGAUGUGGCUGGUAGUAGUGGUACGAACGGUGUGACGAGUCAAGAAUGUGCUGAGAAUGUUCUCAAAGCUGCGGCAAGCGGUGAUAUCGCUGAAUUGUCUCGUUUAGUGGCGCAAGGGGUUGAUAUCCAUUCGACAUUCCAUAAAACAACUGCACUGCAUACGGCUAUUAAAAAUAAUCAAGGAGUUGCUGCGGAAUUUCUACUGCUCAAUGGCUCAAAAGUGAACUCAUUGGAUGACUCGAUGAACUCACCACUUCAUAUCGCAAGUGCAAACGCACAUACUUUAAUCGUUUGUCAGUUGAUGAAACGUGGCGCAGAUCAACACUUAAAGAACAGCAACGGUGAGACGGCGUUGGAUCUGGCGGUGGAAGGGAAACAUGCCGAUAUUGUUACAUUGUAA